AUGAAGCAUUGGUUGGUCAGUCUACCUGAGGAUUUCUUCACCACAUAUGGAUUCUCUCGUGGUCCGGUUCUCGGCAGUGGAAUGAGUGGAGAAGUUGUGCUAGCCACCUCACUUGUUAAUCCUUUAAACAAGAGAGCCGUGAAGAUACUGUCAUUGUUGACUGAUGAUGGAGGAGCUAGAAACAAGAGGUUGUUUGAUAGAGAGGUCGGCAUUUUACGAGCACUGUCUCACCCACACGUCAUCAAACAUAAUAUAUCUGUCAGAUGUCCGGAAUACUUGGCCAUCUGUACUCACUACUGCCCUAACGGAACCUUAAGCUCAAAGUUGAAAACCAUGACCCCAGAGUUGUGUGUAAAGUACUUCAUCCAACUGACGUGUGCAGUGCGUUAUCUCAAUGAUAAACAGAGAAUAGUACACUGCGAUAUCAAGCCUGCCAAUAUUUUCAUCAACGAGAACAACGACCCAGUUCUGGGAGAUUUCGGUUUAUCAAAUUCCAUUCCUCCAGGUGACACAACCAUUCUUUCAGAAGACAUUGGCGGCUCCAGACGUUAUCGUGUGGACGUGUACUCCCUGGGCGUGGUUCUCUGGUGCAUGAUGUUCCAUAAAAGGCCAACAUCAGACACAGUCUACGAGUGUCUCUACGAC